AUGGAGUUCAAAUUCUCUACGGUGGUAGACCCUAGCACCUACCAAACCCAAGGGUUGUGCGACGGCCUCACCGUGAGAUAUCACCAGAACACCGAGCUCGAGGAAAUCGAUUGUCUGAGAUGUCAAGAGCACUGGCGCGAGCAAGUCGGGCCGCUGGGGCUCUACAGGGGCGGAUUGGGUCACCCCUGGAGCGGGAUGAGCAUUGCUAUCCCUGAAGCCCUUCCAGAAAGACUCGGAAUUGUCUCGUACGCGAAUGAGCUUGCGUUUCUUCAUGAUGAUGUCACCGAUAUUGCUAAAUACGGCGAAGAACAUAACAACGAUCUCAAAGCGGCAUUUGAUCAAGUGAUCAGCACCGGAAUCAUAAAGCAUGCCGGGUCUGGAAAGCGCGCGUUGCAGGCGUACGUUGCAAAACGGAUGCUGAGCAUUGAUAAAGACCGCGCAAUCACUUCCCUCAAGGCCUGGUCGACCUUCCUCGAGAAGGCAGGACAACAGGAGGACUACAGGUUCAAGUCCGAAGACGAGUACCUGAAAUAUCGGGUUCAUGAUGUCGGGAUGCUGUUCUGGUAUGGCCUGCUCACCUUCGCGCAAGAGAUCACCAUCCCUGAGAAUGAACUCAACACCUGCCAUCAGCUUGCCACCACUGCAUACCUUCAUAUGGCGUUGGUGAACGAUCUGGUCUCCUGGGAAAAGGAACGCCAGAGCGCCGCCGCCUUGGGCAAAGAUUACGUGACCAACUUCAUCUUCGUCGCCAUGGAAGAACAUGGGAUCUCCGAAGAUCAUGCCCAGGAACGAUGUCGUCGGGAAAUUCAAAAGGCGACCGUCGACUACCUGCGGGUCUUCGAGGAGGUCAAAGCUCGCGACGACCUCUCCCCUGAUACCAAGCGGUAUCUGGAGUCGGUCCUGUACAGCAUGAGCGGAAACGUGGUUUGGAGCUUCCACAGCCCGAGAUAUUACACCGACGCAUCGUUCAGCGAGCGCCAGCUCGAGUGGAUGAAGAACGGCAUUCCCAAGGCACAGACGUCGGAGGGUGGUGCGUCCGCUGUGGAUCAGAGUGAGGUGAAAAUCCGUGAUCGCACUGUUAAUGGACAUCACGCGGUGACUGGCAAUGGUACUGACACCGGAAGUCAUGACAUUCUUAAUGGAAAUGGCACUCCCCAUGAGAACAACAGCCCGGAUGCUUCAAUCCCGGGAAGAACUACCAAUGGACUUAGCAACGGUGACACAAGCCUGCUUAGCGCGGUUAUCACGCAGCACCUUUCCGGUCGUGAUGGCUUUAAACUUGGAGAUCAUGACAGGAAAUUGGAAUCAACCAAGCAUGGAGGCCAUGAUGUCAAGGAGGUAGAAUCACCGCUCAAAGGGCAAGAUCUUGACGUGAAGGUUCUACAGGCCCCAUACGAAUAUAUCACGGCUCUUCCAUCCAAGGGAUUUCGGGAGCAUGCAAUCGAUGCCUUGAAUGUCUGGUUCCGCGUGCCGGCCGAGAAACUAGCCAUCAUCAAAUCCAUCAUUACAAUUCUCCACAAUGCGUCUUUGAUGCUCGAUGACUUAGAAGACGGAUCUGAGCUUCGACGGGGCAAGGCAUCAACCCACAUGAUCUUCGGGCUCGGUCAGACGGUCAAUUCGGCGAAUUAUCAGCUCAUCCGCGCGUUACAAGAAAUUCAGAAGUUGGGAGACAACAAAAGCUUGCUUGUAUUUACGGAGGAGCUGCACUACCUCUACGUGGGCCAGUCAAUGGACCUAUACUGGACCAGUAAUCUUAUCUGUCCUUCUAUCAAUGAGUACUUCCAGAUGGUCGAGCACAAAACCGGCGGUCUCGUCCGGCUCUUCGGUCGCCUCAUGGCCCUUCACUCGACGAAUCCCGUCCAAGUCGACAUGAUCGACUUCUCCAAUCGCCUCGGACGGUACUUUCAGACCCGGGACGACUACCAGAAUCUGGUCUCCGCUGAGUACACGAAGCAAAAGGGCUAUUGCGAAGACCUCGAAGAAGGAAAAUUCUCCCUCCCACUGAUCCAUCUCCUGCAAGCCAUGCCAGAGAACCAUGUCCUACGGAAUGUCUGGAUGCAGCGGCGCGUCCGCGGCACCGCGACGCACGCCCAGAAGGAGACGAUUUUGGAGCUGAUGAAACGGAACGGAAGCCUGCAGUUCACUGAGGACACGCUGGGGGUCUUGUACAGUCACAUGGAGAAGAGCAUCGGUGAGCUGGAGCGCAAGUUUGGCGCGGAGAACUUCCAGUUGAGGCUGGUUCUGGAGCUGUUGCGCAAUGGGUAG